CUUUCAUUUAUAAAAUACGUCUAUAGUCGCAGACAUGUAAUUGAGUGAUAUGUGAAAAUCAGAAUAAAAUGCAGAAAUUAUUGAUACUAGUUUCAUUUUUAUUUCCCUUGAUCGUCUGUAAAGAGAACCGAAUUGUUGGUGGAGAAGAAGCUAAUAUAGCGCAACAUGGCUGGCAGGUAUCACUUUUAUUAUUCGGAAAUCAUUAUUGUGGUGGAGUAAUUAUUGACAAAAAUUGGAUUUUAACAGCUGCACAUUGCAUUGAAAACGAAACAAAUGCCAAUAAAAGAUAUUCAGUUCGAGUUGGAAGUAGUACACAUGAAAAAGGCGGAAAAGUAUACAAAGUCAAAGAGACUAUUCUACACCCAGAAUAUGAUACUUAUACAGUAGACUUUGACGUUGCUCUGAUUCGCCUCGCCGAACCAAUUUCAUUCACUGCCUGCACGGUGCGUCCAAUUCAAAUUGUGGAUGAAGGAGUAAAAACAUUGGAUGGAGCAAUGUUAACGGUUACUGGAUGGGGAUCCAGAACGACUGGUGGAGAUAUCACAACAGAAUUGAGAAGCGUUAAUGUACCAUAUAUUAUUAAGGAAAAAUGUGAUGAAUAUUAUUCAACCAGCAAUGGAAUAACAGAUAACAUGAUAUGUGCUGGUUAUCCUGAUGGCGGAAUGGACGCUUGCAUAGGUGAUAGUGGGGGACCAUUAGUGAAUGAGGGCAGAGUACUGAUCGGUAUCGUUUCGUGGGGAAAUGGUUGUGCGAAACCUAAAAAACCUGGAGUGUAUACAAAUAUUGCUGCUCCAAAAAUAAGACAAUUCAUAAAAAGCCAUACAAAUAUAUAAUAUCAAUAAUUAUUAGUUCUAAAAUGAAUAUGUAAACGAAUUUCUUCAAAAUUGUGUAAUUCACUGAUCUUAAGUUGUAUCAUGUCAUGCAAUAUGAGAAUUGAAUUUUAUGUUGAUAUCACUCAGAACAUUGAAAUCAUAUA